AUGGAUCCGAUAUCUCUGAUGCGCACUAUGUUAGAUGUCCUCCGCUUGCUAUCGAUAACCAUUCUCUCUCUCAUUCUCUGUAUUGUCCUCAUCUGCAUCCUGAUUGCACUGCUAUUUUUGUUAUCUUUCGUCCUUUUACACGGCCUCACAAUCGCUUUUUCUUACUCAGGAGCCGAUGUGUGGCAAAUUUUAGAAUAUUGGUUCCAAUCUUCGAAUCAGAAAGGUCUCCUCACCAUCGCAAGCUUGAUAGCCAAGUUCCAGACUUCAAAGGAUGAUAUGAGUUUGCAGAUGUUCUAUCUCCAGGGCAUGAGGAAGUUGGUGACUGAGUCGACUACACUAGUACAGCGAGAGGUCUACAUAUCUGGAUUAAUUGAAAGAUACCAAGAAGGGGAAGGCGAUCUGCCUCGGGCACCAGAGGUAGCGAUCUGGAAACUCCAACAGGAAUUGAAGAGCUUGUCAACAAAACUUCAAGGGAAAUGGUGGGAUAUCAAGAGUCAUACCUUGAAGUACCCUGGCGGUGCAUGGGUCCGAGAAGACGAAAGAAAACCCCCUAUACACAAACGGCGUGAUGAAUCACUCGCAUGCAGAGCCCGGGGAGGUUGCUGUGCCUUUGGCUGUGGAUGCUGCGAGAAAAUCCGCUCCUUCAGGAAUGUCCCGAAGGAGAGGCCAGCUGUAUUCUUGUACUCGCACUGCACGAAUGAGUGUGCUUGCUGUUAUCGACGCGACUGUCGAAGCUUCGCACCGGAUAAAAGCUUGUUUAAUGAAUACAGGUCUGAUACCUAG